AUUUUUUUUUUUUUAAGGUAACGCUUAAUUUGGGACUAAUAUCUGUGCCCCUUAAAAUCUCCCUAUGACUUAGCUCAUUACUUAUUAUUUUGUUUUAUUAAAAUUCAUUACCAAUGCGGACAAAACUUGCUAUAACAUCGUUUGGUAGAAUGAGACACAUAACAACUCAUUCUCACAACUGCCAACUCAAAACCCAACAACCUCAUGACUAUUCCUCUGUUGAUGUUUACAAACUAAACAAAACAUUACAUGAUCUUGUCAAAUAUGAAUCUUUAACCUCUGCAUUCCACAUGUUCGACAAAAUGCCUCAACGAGAUGUAAUUACAUGGAAUAUCAUGAUUUCUGGAUACAAUCAAAAUGGGUUUCCAAGAAAAUCACUAAACUUGUAUAACAACAUGGUUUCUUUAGGUAUUAAGGAGAAUUCAUCUACUUUGUCAUCUAUAUUGAGUAUAUGUGCUAAUGCAGGUUUAUAUAAAGAAGGGGUUGAGAUUCAUAGUAGAGUAGUUGUUAUGGGGUUUAAUAUGAACUUAUAUAUUGCUAGUGCACUUGUUAAUAUGUAUAUACAAAUGGGGUUUAUAGAUGUUGGUUUAAAAUUGUUUUUUGACUUACCAAAACGAAACUUAGCGGUAUGGAACGUGGUUUUACGUGGAAUUUGUGAGUUGGGACGGUCGAGUGAGUUGUUAAGGUUGUAUAGUGAUAUGAAGUUGGAGAAUGUGGAGCCUAAUGGGCUUACAUUUUGUUAUUUGAUUCAUGGUUGUUGUAAAGAGAGAGUUUUUGAUAAUGGCAGGGAGAUGCAUUCGCGUGUGAUUAAGAUUGGAUGGUUAGAAUCGAAUAUUUUUUUAGCGAAUGCGUUGGUGGAUUUUUACUCUGCUUGUGGCGUUUUGCUUGAUGCCGAUAAAGCAUUUGAGUGUAUUCUACCUCAGGAUGUCAUUUCAUGGAAUUCAAUGGUUUCCGUCUAUGCUGCCAAUAAUUUGUUGCAUGAAGCUGUUCGAGUUUUAGAAGAGAUGAGAUCGUGGGACAAACAUCCAUCUGCUAUGUCUUUAGUAGCGUUGUUGAAUUUGUCAAGUCGCAGAAAGGAACUGCUAUUUGGAAAACAGAUACAUAAUUUUGUUGUAAAAUCGGGUGUUGAUUAUGGAAGUGUCCUCAUUCAGUCAGCUUUGAUUGAUAUGUAUGGGAAAAAUGGUGAUAUUGAAAGUUCAGUUUCUGUAUUCCAGAGUUCCCGUAAGAGAAUUCUCGAAUGUUGUAAUUCAAUGAUGACAUCUUUGCUGCAUCUCGGUUUCCUCGAAGAUGUGUUUGAGCUUUUUAGUCGGAUGGUUUGUGAAAAUAUUGUGUUUGAUGAAGUGAGUUUGUCCUCAACAAUAAAGGCAUCAUCAUUGUAUUCCUCUCCUAGCUUGGAUAGCUGUGCUUUGUUGCAUUGUUGUGCAAUAAAAUCAGGUUUUGAUUCUGAUAGUAUGGUCUUAUGUUCUCUGAUUGAUGCAUAUUCAAGAUUGGGACAGAUUAGAUUCUCUCAGCAGAGUUUCGAAGCGCUUCCCUCACCUAAUAUCAUCGGUUUCACUUCAAUAAUUAAUGCAUAUGCUCGUAAAGGAAUGGGAAGUGAAUGCCUUGGAAUGUUUGAAGAAAUGAUCCAAAAGGGUGUAAAACCAGAUGAAGUCACGUUCUUGUGUAUACUGUUGGGCUGCAACCAUUCAGGUCUAGUCGAAGAAGGGAAAAAGAUUUUUGAAUCAAUGAGAACUCUUCAUGAGGUCUAUCCAGACAGGCGGCACUAUUCUUGUAUGGUGGAUCUUCUAGGCCGUGCAGGUCUAGUCAAUGAGGCAGAAGAGUUGCUAAAUCAUGCAUCAUCGACAGGAGAUUCUGUUAUGUGGAGCUCACUUUUGCGAAGUUGCAGGAUUCAUCAAAAUGAGAAUGUUGGAAGAAGAGCAGCUAAAAAGUUAAUGGAUCUUGAGCCAGAGGAUCCUUCUGUUUGGUUACAGGCCUCAAAUUUUUAUUCUGAAAUUGGGGAGUUCGAGACUGCAAUAUAUAUUCAAGAGGCUGCAGUCGCAAGGAAGAUGAGCAGUGAUAUUGGCUAUAGUUUAAUUCGGGUGCAUGAGUGCCAUUAAAUAUCCACUUAAAUAAAAAGAGUCUGAAGAGGACAUCUGAA